GAGGUGCGGCAGGUGCCGCGGCAGGAGGUGCGGCAGGUGCCGCGGCAGGAGGUGCGGCAGGUGCCGCGGCAGGAGGUGCGGCAGGUGCCGCGGCAGGAGGUGCGGCAGGUGCCGCGGCAGGAGGUGCGGCAGGUGCCGCGGCAGGAGGUGCGGCAGGUGCCGCGGCAGGAGGUGCGGCAGGUGCCGCGGCAGGAGGUGCGGCAGGUGCCGCGGCAGGAGGUGCGGCAGGUGCCGCGGCAGGAGGUGCGGCAGGUGCCGCGGCAGGAGGUGCGGCAGGUGCCGCGGCAGGAGGUGCGGCAGGUGCCGCGGCAGGAGGUGCGGCAGGUGCCGCGGCAGGAGGUGCGGCAGGUGCCGCGGCAGGAGGUGCGGCAGGUGCCGCGGCAGGAGGUGCGGCAGGUCACAG